UGAGAAACGUACAACCUCCGCAGCACAGAACAAAGUGCCAUAAGUCUGAGCUGCAAACAGGAAGAAACAGGAGGAAGAAGAAUCUGGAGGUACCAAGUGAAGCAGACAUUUCAGGGAUAAAUGGAAAGAUGGAAGAUGAUAUUGUGUUGGAUGGGAAGAGGAAAAAGAAGAAAAAGAAGAAGCAAGUUGAUGCUCCUCGUCCUGCUUGCUCUUGGGUUCAUUUUAGCCGAGAGUUUAUCAAGGAGUACAGUGCUUCCCAUCCUGAGUCAUCAGGACUCAAAGCUGCCACAAAGGCAGCAUCAGAUGCUUGGAAGUCAAUGAGCAUUGAGGAGAAAUCAAAAUAUACUCGGAGAGCUCGUGAAGUUUGGGAUAAUUACUUGAGUACUGCUCCUGCCCGAACUCCUAAGCCUCGGAAGCAGACUAAAUUAGUUACCAGAUGCUCUCCUGGGCGCUUAUUGAAUGUGCUACAACGUCUUACGGCUGAACAACAGACUGCAGUAAGAAGCAUGGGAUUUGGCAGUCUCCUUAGCCUUAGAUGUCGAACCCUCCGCCGAAGUUUGUGUCUUUGGUUACUGGAAAGGUUUAAUAUUGCAAGACGCAGCUUGGAAAUUUGUGGCCAGUGCAUUCCUUUGUACCCCAAGGAUGUGGAGCUUGUGAUGGGAUUAGCUGCCAGUGGGAAGGAUGUGGUGAACUCUGGCCCUGAUGAAUUAAUUGCAGAUUUACGUCAAAGCUAUAACGCCACAAAUCAUGGGAUUUCAGUUCGACUUCUAGAAGAGCACUUGACAGCUUCAGAGGCUGGAGAGGAUUUUAAGAGAUCAUUUGUUCUUUAUGCGCUUGGGACCCUUCUAUCUCCAACAGCAAGACUGGAUGUUAGCCCUUCAUUCCUCCAUUUCUUGACAAAUAUGGAUGUUGUCCAUCAACUUAACUGGGGAAAGUUCUUACUUGAUAGAUUAGUCCGUGAAGUAUCUCGUUUUCAUCAGGGGAAGCAACGUGCAGUUGGUGGCUGUCUUCUGUUUCUCCAGCUUUUUUAUUAUGAAAAUAUCUCUUUGGAAAGAACUGGUGGUUCAUGCCCUGCUAUUGUCCCAUACUUAGCUUCAUGGGGGGAGGAAGAAAUUACUGAAAGAGAAAAACGAGAAAAAGAGCUUGGUGGUUAUGGUUUUGGGGAGGUAAUCUGCAAGGAGAGAUGCAUCGGUUUGCACUCAUCUGAGCAUAAUAGAGGAGGUCAACUGGAUGGCCUGCUGGCAAGGAAGACGAGCACCAUGGUUGGGCAUGAUCCUCUCUUUGUACCAGCUGAUAGCCGGGACGAUGAAGAACAAACUAAUGGGGAGAUUAUUAUGGAGGAGGAACCUUUAGUGAAUUUCCCGGAAAAGAUAGUUUGUGGUGACAUAGAGGUGGUUGUUGAAUCAGUUAGAACAGCAUGCCGAAACAAAGAGUACGGGUGCAGAGAGAUGGUGGAUUACAUGAGGAGCACUGAUCAUGAAGACACAUGCAUCUAUGCACCGUGUUCAUGUCCAGUUCCAGAUUGCCAUUUCAUUGGCUCCACUGAGCUGUUAUCACUGCAUUUCAGCAGCAGACAUUGGGAUUCUGGAAGGCGUUUUAAAUACAAUAAUCCUUUGUCAGUAUCCUUGGGUAUGGACGAACGGUUUCUCGUCCUUCAAGCAGAGGAGGAUGGCGUUCUGUUUCUCCUAAACAAGUGCAUGGAAGGCAUCGGCAAUACAGUCAUGAUAACACGUGUUGGUCCGAGCUCGCUGAAGGAGAAGUUUCUGUAUGAUCUUGUAUCGGGAAGAGGAUUCAGCUCGCUACGUUUAAAAUCAUUGACUGAGAAUUUCCCGGGGCGGGUGGAAGGGUUACCUCCAGUUGAUUUUCUUCUGAUCCCAUUUUGUUUCCUGGAUCCCUCGGGAGACCUCAACUUGGAGAUUUGCAUUUGGAGUUGUGCAGAACUUGGAGCAGAUUGUUCUUGAUCGAUUAAGUUGUGAAUCUCGGUGUUCACAGGCCGGCGAGUUGAUCUUUCUAAUGCACAGGAUGGGGAAGUUUCAAAUGUCUUUUUGGGUUAGAGAUAAUUUCUAUACCUGCCAAUGAGCAGAAGUUGUAAAUUAUAGUUAUUGAAUAAUGAUUAUAAAGUUAUUGGAAAUAUAUUUUUCCUCAUAAAACAUCACUUUUUUCUAGCA